UGGCCUGCCACACCGCCCCCACAGUUUUCUCUCGUGGCUAUCUGCGCACUCGCAGAGCCUCUCACGAUACUCGAAAAGUAUUCGAAUCAACAACGACUCGGGAACUUUGAAAAAAAAAAACCCCCCGAGUUGGGCUGUUCGACUUUCAUCGGUACGUGGGAAUAGGCUGGGCGCAUCUUCUUUGCAUUAGGCGUAUACAAAAAAAAGGGAAAAGAAGAGAAAAAAGAAUUAAAAGGAGGAAAAAUGUAUUCGUCAAUGUCUUCUCACUCAUACGAUAGGGAGCGCCCGAGAGCUACGAGUAGUGCUCUUUCUCAUGCUAAUGAGAAUAGCUACUCUUCGACGAAUCUUGCUGCUCCUCACGCGCCGAUGUACCAACGCUCCCACAGCAUCGGCGACAUUCGUGAACCAAUGAUGGAUGCACCACCUUCGCCUGAUCGCAUCCGAGUAUUCAGCAGUCAUAAGAAGCGCAACUCGAGCAUUGACAAGCACCGAAGCGAACUAACGAUGUCGUCCGGAUCGUCCUCGCGUCUCUCGGGAGCGUCAGAUCGGCAAUCGUGGAACCAGAGCCGGGAGAGUCUCGGCUUGUCGAGGAACCCGUCUCAACGAUCUUCUACGGGUACGGGUACAGGUACAGGUACAGGCACGGGUACACCGUCGCACGAACGGCCUGACAGCUUGCAAUUCUUCGGAAAGGGAAUUUUUAGUCGUAGCAAAGGUAAACUGCGCAGAGGAAGUAGUGACCAGGGUGGCUCCCACAGCUCGUUGGACGUGACCGAGGUACCGAACGAGUCUAAGGAGCAACAUUUCAUCCAGUCCGUGUUCACGCGACGAAGGGCGUUGAGAGGGGAGCCGGGCGCGUCGACCCAAAGGAAGUUGCAGAUUUCGGGACCUUAUAACUUCCAGCAUCUCACGCAUACGCAUAAAGAUAGCGUGCCUAACCUGGACCAAGCGAAUCGCUUGGAGCUCGUGUCGGAAUUUGCGGGUAUGCAAGUAACAGGACGACGACACACCGAGGCGUUUUUGGAGGGCAUCCCACACGGGGAGUCGCGAUACCCAACCUUCUCCGAGACCUCAUAUCACCAGGAAGAUCCGUCGUCAGGGCUCAACGCCGAUGGACCACACUUACGAGCAUCAAAACCGCCUCCGUUACCCCCGUUGCCACCGAUACGAUUAGCGAAGCGUUCUCAAUCACAGGAUAAGAUCCGUGUUCCACCGCCUCGCCCGCCUAGAUCACCGAUAGGAGAGAGUAGCAUGAUGCCUCUGGCACAGCAACAGCAACAACAACAGGUACCACCCACACAACAAAUAAAUCACCCUCCAAGGACGUCUAGUCGGACUUCGGUAAGACAUGAUAGGUUUGGCUCAGUGUCAGGCGCGUCUAUAGAGCGCUCUGGAUCGAGCUUCAGCUUCCGAAACCCCCAACCGUUCGCUCCUAGCUCGCCGUCACGAGCUCAAACUCCGCACGCGCCGCUGGUCUCACCUGUGAUGGAAUCGGAGUACGAAGAGCCGUCGCCGUUGUCUAAAGUGCCUCACGCCGUCACCACGGCGGAUGACGUCGCCUGGCCCUUAAGCAACAGCAUAAGCUCCUUGCCGGACGUCCCCGAGGAGGAAGAGCACCACGCGCAGAGCCGACCGCCUCGGUCCCGGAUGAGCGUCGCGAGCAAUUCCUCUUCUCUCAGGGGCAGCGUCUCGGUCCCGCUGCUGCGCCAGUUCUCCCUGACUCGGGUAACUAGCAACGCCUCGGACACCUUGGGCAAAUUCGAGUUCAACUCCCAGCCCACGACGCACGCGAGCACGCGCGACUAUUCGAUGGACGGCAUCAACGGCGACAGCUGGGAGGACGAUAUCGAUUACUGCUACGAGCACGAAGCCGAGGCCAACUGCGACUACGCCUGGGAACGACCGUCGUGCGAUAUCCGAUAUCCGGAAGAAGUACGGGGUCGGUCCUUGGGCGGCGACCAGACCCAAACCGUUCUUACCUACGGCCGUCUUUCGGACGGCUUCCUGUCUCCCGUAAGUGCGGACGUUCCCAUUCUAAGCCCGGCCAGCCAUAUGUCCAGCAUGACGGCGCAAGAAGCCCUGACGCCGAACCUGCCCCCUCUGGUGACCUCCAACUUCUCGCUCCCGCGGCGGGAGAGCUCGGCGCAGCUCCUGCACGAGCACGAACGGGCGCAGACCCCCGAGCGCAACUUCAAGGAGGCGCAGGCCUUCAGCCUGUCGCCGUCGCUGCUCAUCCCGGACGACUACCACCAGCAGAUGCUGCAGUACGAGCGGGAAGGGCUCGAGGACGACAGCGACGAAGACGACGAAGACGACGGGCUGGUUAUCCAGGGAAACACCCUCGACGAGCCGAUCAUCCGGUUCGGCAAGAGCCUCAAGCCGUCGAACGCGCGGUCGAGCGCCUCCACGACCGACUCGCGGUUCUCGGAGCACUCGAUGACGUCGAGCCGGCACAAGUCGACGACGUCGACGUCGACGGCGUUCACGCGGUGGACGGGCAGCAGCAUGUCGAGCUGGCAGGGGCGCGACUCGACGCAGCACAUCGCGCAGCUGUCGUCGAAGGGCGCCGGGGCCGGGGCCGAGGGCGGGCCCGUGGUCGUCGUCUCGCCCACGCAGGCGACGGCGCCCCCCAUGACGCCCAUGACCGCUCUCAGGUUCGACGAGGAGGUCUCCCCGAAGCAAGAGCCCGCCCGCGAGAGGCACGGCAGGACCCAGUCGCACGCGGGCCUCCUCACGAGGUCCAACUACGACGUGCCGGUCCCCGCUGCCACUGCCGCUGCUCCGGCGGCGAAGGAACAACAACAAUCACAACAACAGCAGCCUCUUCCUAAGACCCGUCGACGCGCUAGGACUACGAGCCGAAGCCACGCGGCUCCGCUCGCUCUAUUCCCGACCGUCACUCCCCUCCCCGGAGGCCGAAUCUGAUCCCUUAAUCCCCCUUCCCCCCCUCUAAUUUCUGGGUCCUAGCUAGGAGGUAGCUUUACCUGUUUUAAUGAGAGAUACCUGUUUUUAUAUAUAUACCUACCUUUUACUGUAUUGUACUCGAAGCGAUACCUACCUAGAUACAUACUACCUACGUCCUAUACAUAUCAUACCUACCUACCUUAGGUACCUCCUAUAUAGGCACCUAUCUAUCUAUCACAUAUAUAUUACCUGUCCUCCUACCUUAGUAUCUCACCGAACGCCAACGCUCUCUACGCCAUCUUUCUUACCCUUUA